CCGGCCGCUAAAACCCGGGAUCUCUUAGGUACUUGUCGCGCUGAAUCUUCUCCGGAGAAACCCAAUGCAGCAUCACCUCCUCCGGCUCCGCCCCCGCUCCGACCCCUGAAACAUGGCCUCCGCCGUUGCCGUCCCUCGCUUCUUCCUCUCCACCAACCCUUCUCUCCGUCCGCCGGAUCGCCGCUCCUUUCGCAGACCCCCCAGGUCCUUCAAGCUUGUCUGUUGCCUGGCUGCCGAAAGCUCCGAUGGGUCGGCCCCGGCCGGCAACCUCCGGGUGGCGUUCGCGGCGGGCGGCACCGGCGGCCACAUACUUCCGGCCCUGGCGAUCGCGGAGGAGCUCAGGAUCAUGAGACCUGGGACCCGGGUCCUCUUCGUCGGCACCCCCAAGAGCAUGGAGAGCACGGUGGUCGCGGCCGGGGGCUACGACUUCGUCCCCAUCCCCGCCGCUCCGUUGUACCGCCCGGUACUCUCUCCCCGGAACGCCUUCUUUCCUUACCGUUUGGUUAAGUCGCUGAUUCGUAGCUACCGGAGAUUGGAAGAAUUCGAUCCUGAUAUCGUCGUUGGUACCGGCGGAUAUGUGUCGUUUCCUGUUUGCCUAGCGGCGGUCUUGAAAGGGAUUAGGCUCGUGAUUCAAGAGCAGAACGCGCUCCCUGGUUUGGCUAAUUGGAUCCUCGCGCAUCUUGCGGAUGUCGUGUUUGUCGCGUUCAAUUCGACGGUUGAUUCCUUUCCGAAGCAUAAGUGCGUGGUGUGCGGGAACCCGGUGAGGCUGGCCAUGAAGAAGUCUGUUUCGCAGGUGGAGGCGAGGUUACAUUUCUUCCCGAAAGUGGAGAGCGUGGGUGAUUCGGGGGUGAAAGUGGUUUUGGUGCUCGGCGGCUCUCUGGGUGCUUAUACCAUUAACAUCGCCUUGCUGAAUUUGUAUUAUCAGAUGCUGAUGGAGAGCGAGAACUUGUUCAUCAUAUGGCAAACUGGGGUGGAGUCCUUCAAUGAGAUGGAAAGCCUCGUUAGAAAUCAUCCCCACUUGAUGAUGCGGCCGUUCUUGCGCUCCAUGGAUAUGGCAUAUGCAGCUUCCGACCUGAUUGUCUCCAGAGCUGGUGCAAUGACCUGUUCCGAAAUUUUGGCAACUGGAAAACCUUCCAUUCUGAUCCCAUCACCCAAUGUUGCCGAGGGACAUCAGUUCAAAAAUGCUGCUUUAAUGGCAGAUUUAGCAGGAACAAGGAUUAUAAAUGAAGAUGAACUUGAUUCAACCACCCUCAAAGUGGCAAUUGAAGAGAUGUUAGGAGACGAAAAUCAGUUGGCUGUGAUGUCAGAGAGGGCUCUCAAAGCAGCAAAGCCUGAGGCUUCGGCAGAGAUUUCAAAGCGCAUUCUCUCUCUGGUGAACUCAUCCCCAAGAACAUCACAAGGUUGAGCAAAUUUAGCGAAGGAAAACGAGUUGAACAUGCAGUAAAUUGGGCACUGUCAUACUCAUUAAUUGCCUAGUGCUUCACUGGUAACACUCAGUGACUCAACCGCAUUAGCAUGGCUCUACAGCAACGCUGAUAGGGGAGUUUGUUCCAUUGUCUUAGGUUUGUUAACUGUCUUGGCCAAGCUAACAUUCAGCACAGCCAAAUUGCUUGCUGAUUUGAUCAUGGAGAAUGAGAGCAAGUCUCCUUUUUCAGGGUAGGAGGACUGUGGUCCGCAUCCUGUAUCAAUGAAAUUAAUUUGGAUAAACAGGUAUUACUGCCUGAUAAAUGUGGCGAAUGCCGGUAUAAGCUGAAGUAACUUCCCCUCC